AUGGCCCAAAAGGGCGACUCGCAUCACUUCGGCCCGCGAGGGCACUUGGGCGCAGUCCAGGACACCACGGCCACCCUGGUGUCGGGCCUCUACCAUGACUGCUCUGAAGGAGAUGGAGUCACCCUGAUGAGUUACUGUCAUCUUCUGGCCCACCAACGCCUCCUCUCGUUGGACUUCGAUCACAAGUCGAUGCUCGAGACCUUCAAGCAGCACAGCGGUGGCCCACUCUAUCCGGAGGAGCCUCUGGACAGCCGACUUCUGGACUCCAAGCAGUUUCGUCAAGCCCUGCAGGCGCUGGCCAACGAGCACUACGGGGCCCAAUGGGGUCUCAAGAAGGCAGGUGCGGACAGCAUGGAUCGGCAAACAACAGAGUCGGAAAGCCGCCGCCCGAGUGCAAGUGCUUCCGGUGUGGAAAGGCGAGGCAGCAGGCUGUUUGCAGCGGAGAGCACCAACAAGAUCUCGGCGCUGCAGGACUUGCUGCGAGAUGUCAGCUUACGCAACAGCGAGAUCCCUUUCAACAUCAAGACGGUCAGUCCCAUGCGCACAGCUCUCUUCGACGACGAGGUCAUCCAGGCUGCCUACAACUACGAACAUGCUUUUCGCAAGCUUUUCCUGCACUAUGCCACAAGCGACCGAAGCCCUUCCGGCGGUGUGACGCUGACUCUGGAGGAAAGGGCCGAUAAAGGCAUCACGGCCAGAUCCCUCUAUCGCUUGGCACGCGCGACACGUCUGAUUCCAGACUGCUUGGUGCCAGGCGAGUUUCAAGAUGUUGUCAAUGGGCUCCGAUUCCAAAGUGCUGCGCGCGCCGCAGAGAACCGUUUCUUUCAGGAAGGGCGGAUGCUGCAGCGCGAAGAGGAGCCGAAGUGGCACAUGCCAGCCGAAGGGAUGCUGACUGGUGAGCCACGCUUCUUCUUUCCGGAAAUGCUGGAGAUUCUGGUUGCUGCAUCCUUCCACACGCCUCCCCGGCUUUAUGCGGAGCCCGUGCAGGACCGUAUCGAGCGCAUCCAUGAGAUCUUUGGUGACUUGCUGCAGCUGCCACGGGAAGAGGAUGGGAGAGCCUUCAGGGUGGAUCUUUACUUGAAGGCCACGACAGGCUUUCACGACACGCAGGAGCUCGCAGAAGACUUGGAGAUCAGUCCCCAGAGCCUGGAUGAGGUAAUGCAAGCGAUCGAUGCAGAACUGCCUUUGCUCGCCGAGAGAAAGGAUCCCCACAUUCCGAAGCCGCCUGCACACGUGGUCGAUAAGCUCCCCGUCCAGCCGAUGACCGCAGACGAGCGAAUCGACGACAUGCAGAGGAGAAAUCCCUUGGGCAAGACAGCAGCCGGUGGCAAGAAGAAGGGGAAGAAGGCAAAGGGUGCCAAGCAGCCCAAGAAGCGGGAGCUUUUCUAUGGAAGGCUUCCGGUGAAAUGGAACCAGGUACAGUGGCUGGGGAAAAGACCGGAGCCACCAAAAGUUGUGAUCCCUCCGAUGUGGCAGACGGACAGCAAGGCAGCGAUGCUGCGGAACCUGGACGAACACAUCCUGCAGGAACGGGAGGAGUCGCGGGCCUUGAACACUCCGUCCACUGGCUGGGUUCUUCGUCUACAGCUCAUUGAUGAGCCCUUGCGUGCACCUGUCUGCUCUAAGAGCGAAGAGGUGACCACGCUAAUGGAGGCAGCAUCGGCUUCCCGGAGGCUGAGGCAGUACGACAGCGCCAUGGCCCUCCUUAUCCGGGCCCGCCAGCUUUGGGUGGCUGUGGAGGCCAGACAGCCGAGGGCUGCCGAGUGGGAAGACGUGCAAGCCUUGGUGCCUACGCCGUCUCCUUGGAACUCAAGUGCAGACAGCGCGAGUCCAAUGCAAAGGUGGGCAGUAGCUGCCGAAGCCGGGAGCCUGGAGGACCAGGAGGAACUGGAUCGCACCAUUUUUCCGGAUGAUCUCGGGCGACGGCACUCCAAAGGCAUGUCUUUUGGUCGCAGCCGCACAGAGACUCUGUCACGCGAGAUCCGUGCUGGAGAACAGAUUCACCGGAGCAUGACUGAUCGCUUGGGGCGCACGAGUCCGGACGGCGAUGACCGGGCUAUGCCGCAUGCGCCUCUGGACUCCCUCGAACGCCGGCGCCAACGAAUGGCUUCACGUGGCUCGUUUCAGCAGAGCGACGCCCCGCAGUCAGCACGGGGGCGCUCACCUACGAGUCGAGCCGCCACUCGGAGCCCCGGUGCAACAAGGAAGUACAACCCAAAGACCGACUUUGCGUCUGCGCUGGGUGAUCAGGAGGACCUCGAGCGAAUACCUCCUCAGGCGGCACUCUUCUUCUUCUGUGAGCUGGCAUCCCUGCAUUCUGCCGUGCAGGAGGAUGAGCUCGCUGCGCAGCUACUUUGGCGUGCUUUGGAACACAGCCGGAGGCUCCCGGCACAGGAUGCAAAUGUGGCGAUGGUGUGGAACGGCCUCGGUCGUGUGGCUUUUCACAUCGGCAGAUUUGAAGAUGCCACACGCCUGCACAUGCGGGCCCGCAGCAUUCGUGAGAAGGCCCUCGGUGGGGAUACCAUCGACACGGCCACUUCUUACAACAAUCUCGCCUGCUGCCUCGCUGCUUUGGACCGGCACACCGAGGCAGCGGCAUUUACAGAGCUUGCUGUGGAGAUCUUAAAGGAGCUGGCCGGAGAGGACAUCAGAUACUGCAUGAUGUCAGCUUCAUCGCACAGUCUUCUGCAGAAAGCGCAAAACACACUUGUUGCUGUCUUCCACAGCGUUGAAGAGUAG